AUGCCUAGUUCAGAUUCAAUUAAUAGGAUAAGUUAUGUAUCCUUGGUUACCAGUGUAGUUGAACAAUUUAACGAUGCAUUCAAAUUCUAUUCAGCUUUAGGAUUUAGAUUAACUAAGAAUUUCUCAAGAGUUUCAACCAAUGGUUCAGCAUCAGGUAGUCAUGAUCCAAAAUUGUUAUUGGGUGUUUCUCAUGAUUCAUUAAAAGAAGUUUGGUUGGAAUCUUAUCCAUUACAAGAAGUUGAUGAAAAUGGAAAUAUCCGUCCAUGGCAAGAAAUGGAAGUUUACGAUGGUGACAAUUCUGAAAAAUUGACUGAAUCAACUGUUAUCAAGAUUAGAUUAUCAAAUGAAUUAUUACCCCUUGAAGCUUGUUUGCUUCAAAAACAAUUUGUAUUUUUCACUACCGAAUUAAAAUCAAUUGAAGAAAGAUUAAACAAAAUUAAUGUUAAAGUUGGUAAAAUCGGAGAUAAUAUCAUUGUUACAGAAGAUCCAAUUGGCAAUAUUAUUAGUUUUUCAAAUACCAAAAAUGAAUUGUGCAAGAAGACAUUCAAAUCUGCUGAAGAAUAUAUUGACAUUGCCUGUGAUAAAAUCUUAUCUGAAAGAAAGCAAGUUGAAUUGGCUAAAGAAUUAUUAGUUGAAGAAUCUGCUUCAAACAGAAAGACCAAGAAAAAGAUUGGUGUUAUGACAUCAGGUGGUGAUGCCCCAGGUAUGAAUCCAGCUGUUCGUGCCGUUGUCAGAGCUGGUAUUUACUAUGGAUGUGAUGUUUAUGCCGUUUACGAAGGUUACGAAGGUUUAGUUAAAGGUGGUGAUCUUUUGAAAAAGAUGGAAUGGGCUGAUGUUCGUUCUUAUAUGUCACUUGGUGGUACUUCUAUUGGUACUGCCAGAUGUAUGGAAUUUAGACAACGUGAAGGUAGAUUACAAGGUGCUUAUAAUAUGAUUAUCAAUGGUAUUGAUGCCUUGGUUGUUUGUGGUGGUGAUGGUUCCUUAACUGGGGCUGAUUUGUUCAGAAGUGAAUGGCCAUCACUUGUUCAAGAAUUGGUUGAUACCGGUAGAUUGACUUCAGAACAAGUUGCUCCUUAUAGACAUCUUACCAUUGUUGGUUUGGUUGGUUCUAUUGAUAAUGAUAUGUCUGGUACUGAUGUUACUAUUGGUGCUUUUUCAUCAUUGGAAAGAAUCACUGAGAUGGUUGAUUAUAUUGGUGCCACUGCUGCUUCCCAUUCUCGUGCUUUUGUUGUCGAAGUUAUGGGUAGACAUUGUGGUUGGUUAGCCUUGAUGUCUGGUAUUGCCACUGGUGCUGAUUUUAUUUUCAUUCCAGAAAGACCACCAAAAGCUGGCUUGUGGAAAGAACAAUUGAAAGAAGUUUGUUUAAGACACAGAGCUAAUGGUAGAAGAAAGACCACUGUUAUUGUUGCUGAAGGUGCCAUUGAUGAUGAAUUGAACCCAAUUACUUCUGAAGAAGUUAAAAAAGUGAUGGUUGAUUUAGGUUUAGAUACCAGAAACACCAUUUUAGGUCAUGUUCAAAGAGGUGGUACUGCUGUCGCUUAUGAUAGAAGAUUGGCUACUUUACAAGGGGUUGAAGCCAUUAAAGCUGUUUUGGAAAACACCCCAGAAACCCCAUCUCCAAUGAUUGGUGUUUUGAACCACAAGAUUGUUAGAACUCCAUUAGUUGAUGCUGUUAAACAAACUAAAGCUGUUGCUGAAGCCAUUGAAAACAAGGAUUUCGACAAGGCUAUGAGUUUGAGAGACAACAAUUUCUAUGAUGCUUAUAGAUACUUCCGUGAUAUUUCCAUUUAUGAUGACGGAAAGGACAAACUUGUUGAUGAAAGUAAAAGAUUGAAUGUUGCCAUUGUUCACGUUGGUGCCGCCUCUGCAGGGUUGAAUGCUGCUACAAGAGCCCUUGUUUUAUACAGUCUUUCACGUGGUCACAACUUGUAUGCUAUUCAAGAUGGUUUCCAUGGUUUAGUUAAUGGACACAUCAAGAAAUUGAAUUGGUUAGAUGUUGAAGGAUGGCAUAAUCUUGGUGGUUCUGAAAUUGGUACUAAUAGAUCAUUACCAUCUCAAGAUUAUGGUAAAGUUGCUUACAACUUACAAAAAUACAAUAUUCAAGGUUUGAUUAUUGUUGGUGGUUUUGAAGCUUUUACCUCAUUACACGAAUUGACUAAACAAAAGGAAAACUACCCAGUAUUUAAGAUUCCAAUGGUUGUUGUUCCAGCUACUGUUUCUAAUAAUGUCCCAGGUUCUGAAUAUUCUCUUGGUUCUGAUACUUGUUUGAAUCAAUUGGUUUCUUAUUGUGAUGCUGUUCAACAAUCUGCUUCAUCUACCAGAAGAAGAGUUUUUGUUGUUGAAGUUCAAGGUGGACAUUCCGGUUAUGUUGCCUCAUAUUGUGGAUUGAUCACUGGUUCAUUGGCUACUUAUACUCCAGAAACCAAGAUUAAUUUGAAACAAUUACAAGAUGAUAUUGAAUUAUUACGUAAAGUUUUUGCUACUGAUCGUGGUGAAGAUCACAAUGGUACUUUACUUGUUAGAAAUGAACAAGCAAGUUCUGUUUAUUCAACUGAAUUGGUUGCUGAUAUAAUUAAAGAAAAUGCCAACAAAAGAUUUGAAACUAGAACAGCAAUUCCAGGUCAUGUUCAACAAGGUUUUACUCCUACUGCAAAUGAUCGUGUUAUGGCUGUUAGAUUUUCUUUGAAGGCUUUUGAAUUUAUUGAAGGUUGGAAUAAAUGUUACACUAAAGAAGACAGCAAACUUAGUGCCGAAGACAUUGGUGAACACGCCCAUGUUGUUAUUGGUAUUCAUGGUGAUGUUGUUGAAUUUACCGAUGUUGAACAUUUGUAUAAGAAUGAAGCUAACAUUUCAUUGAGAAAAGGUAACACUAUUCAUUGGAAUGAUAUGAUUGAAGUUUCUAAUAUAUUGAGUGGUAAAUUGUUAUUAGAAAAAGAAGGUAGAUUCUAA